UUCGUGGUGGUGGACAUUUUAAUGUAAAUCCCAAUGAAAAGUCCAUUGAUGGGCUUGGUGAUAAUGUUUAUUUCCCUUAAGCCACACGAAUGCUGUGAAGCAUCCAGAUCCUCAGCCGAAGUGGUAGAAUUUUGUCCAGAAAAUGAAAGGGACUGGAAUGAAGCCGCUUUAAGGAAGAACUGUCCCUCCAUAUCCCAAGCCUGUAGAACCUCGUCUCUAGCUUAUCACUGUGUACCUAACCAUUUCCUCAAUGUCACAAUAGAGGUGUGCGCUGUACCUAAAUUCAUCGUUAAUGGACGAUGUACUGAAUACAACGAAGGUGGAGGUGUUAUCCAGGCGAAUCAGAAUACAAACUGUGGUGUAUUUAUAGAAAACACAUGUCCUCUAAGGUACAGAUCAACAGACACAUACAAAUAUAGUGAUUGCUAUAAACUUGUGGUCAGACCUACUAGCCAGUCUAACACAGAAGGAAGGGAUCUAAUUCUUAUCAGUAGCUUGAGUUACUCAUUUUCCUCUACCACUGUACCAAUAACGACAAGUGUUAGAUUUGACGAUGACCAGGAUUUAAGUUUACCUCUUGCUUUGGGAAUUAGUUUUUUGGGAAUAGUUCUAAUAUUGCUUGCCAUAGUUUUGUUUGUUCGGCGGGGUCUGUGUCGAAAGAAACUUAAACAAAAGAGGACUAAAUCAGAUACAGAAGAAGGUUCUGAAUUGAAGAUAAGUGAUACAGACAAUGUUUGAACAACUCAACAAACAUUGAUUAUAACUUACGGAGUCUCUGUUUACUGUAUUGUUUAUAUUUUUGCUAGUUUUAUCUGUUGUACCAAAUAGUACGCAUUAAUAUUAUUAUAAUUUGCAAUUUGACACAUACAGUGUAUAAAGUUUUGAUUGUGUACAAGCAUUAGAAAAUAUGAAUGGCUUGAUGCUAGGCUUGCCGGCUUAGAGUUUUAAUAAAUUAAUUUGCUUCUUAUUGCUGCAAUAUUAUAAACUACCGCAAUUUUUGUACCCCGCUUUCACUGAAAGUGGGGGAUAUUAAUUUGGGUCUGUCUGUCCGUCCGUCCGUCUGUAUUUCUGUCUGUCUGUAAUACUUUCGUUUCCGCGCGAUAUGUCGAGAACCCUUAGAGCGUUCACAAUGACAUUUUGCAUAGCAACUCCCUAUGCCCUAAAGAAGAACCCUAUUUUGAGACCAAAGGUCAAGGUCAUAAAUUU